AUGGCCAUGGCGUUCAGUAUGACCCCGGGUCGCUGGCCGCGGAACAAGACCUGUAAGAAGGAUGUGCGGCUGGUGCUGCAUGUUUUGACCGGAGGUUCAUGCGUGGCACUCUUGCCAUCGCCACAACUCACACCAGAGGGCACGAAGGUGUUGGAGGAGCAGCAUGCGCAGUGCCUUGGGGAGAACAAGGCGGCAGUCGUUGCAGCGAGCGACAAACUGGACCUGCUGCUCGUUGCUGAGAGAGCCUUAGACGGCGAGACUCCUGUGCCCGUGUUUCUGGGCUAUGUUGUGGCGCGUGGCACGGCCGAGACAGCGCGUGGCGGGGCGGAGGCAGCUGCGGCCUUGAUUGAGAACAUGCGGCUGCCACUGGUGCUGGACCUGGAUGAGACCCUGCUGGAGGCCUUCACAGCCAACCAGCUGAGGAAACAUAUCAAGGACCUGUCAGCGGAAAUAGAUGGGGGCAAUUGGAGUAACGUAGAGAAGAAGCUGCAGCUGAAGAGGGAGAAAGCUUUCAAGGAGGAGGACUAUAACUUACUGGUGCAAUUCAUACAGACAAACAGCGUCACAUUGAACGGCCAGAUUCACAAAGCAUGGCCUGGCCGGGAGCGCUUUGAGGUGUAUGUGUGCACAACGGCGGAUCGCUCAUACGCGCUGGAAGCCUGGAGGCACCUGGAUCCGAGUGCGCUCCUCAUUCCCUACGCGGAUCGCCGGAAGCGCUUUCACAAUGUGCACCAAGACAAGGACUCCAAAGACAAGGACGGUAAUGUCAAACCAGUGAAGGAUCUUGCGCAUGUCAUGGGCCUGCUGGGGCACCCCUGGUCCGCGCCCUGCACGCCCCCCAACUCGGCCAUGCCCCUCGCAGUCAUCAUCGACGACCAACCAGCAGUGUGGACGGCUGAGUCGCAGGGGCAGUUGUACCAGGUGGAGAAGUUCAACCCGCAACGGCUCGCAGGAGUGCACGACGGCGUGGCAAUGCACGAUCAGGAGCAUGUGCGCAGCCUGGCGGAGGAGCUGGAGGGCGUGCAGGACGUGCUGUGCAAAACGCGCGGCUGGAUGUACAACACCAUGGAGGGCCACCCCAGGGACAGCCUGCGCAAACAGAUCUUGGAUGCCAAGCCGCUGAAGAUCAGGGACAUACGCGAGGGGCGGCCUUUUGCCAGGCACCAAUGGCCGCGCAUCUGCCACCUGCUCAGCAAAGCGAAGAAGGGAACCUUGGAAGCUGUGCCAUUAGAGCUCUCCCCGGCCAACUCAUACGGGGCCACCGUCAACGCCGGAACCGGGCAGCCGCCUGCAGCCGCCGCUGCUGCCCGCAAGCCUGUGGAUUCCCGGCGGGGCUGCCUUCCUGACGGCCAGCCCGGCGCGGCCGCGCUCUUCGCUCGGGGCGCUCCAGCUGGGGCCGCGGCGGGCUGCAAGCAAAACCCUGCACCACCCCCCAGGGGGUCUGCGGCCCCGGCCGCAGCGGCCGCAGCGGCGGACUUAACACGAAGAGGGAGCAAUGCAGCGGCGGGGCCGUCGGGCGCACCUCCCAAGCAGUUCGGGAAUUUGCGGGCGGCUGUAGAUCCGCGGAUGAUGGCGGUGGCGCCGGCCGGCGCGCAAUCAAAACCCCCGGGACAGGGGGUGAAACCCCGGGGGCAGCCUCCGCCGGGGAGAGGCCGAGUGCAGCCUGCCGCCCCAGGCCGGGCACCUGCCCCCGGCGCUAAGGCUGGCACCGCUGUGCCAGCCAAGCCAGCAGCGUCACGAGCAGCGCCGCAGCAAGCAGGUCAGGGAAUGGCGGCCGGCAGCAGCGCGCAGCCGGGCAGGAAACGAAGCCUUGAGGGGCAAGACGACGCCGCCGCAGACAAAGCCAAGCGGCCGAUGAUUCACGCAAACGGCAGGCGCCGGCCGUCGCUCAGCCCGAACUUGGAGAUGACCUGGAUGCAGCUCAAAGACAAGCCCCAUGCCGAGUCUGCCGCACCCGCUGCUGCCGCCACGGCUGCAUCCGCUGCCGGCACAGGAGGUGCUGCAGAGGGUGCACCACAGGCCAGCCGCCCAGCAGCAGCCGGCGCCACACAAGGGCAACAGCCGCAGAUGCUAUCAGUGCAGCUCCCCAGCGAUGAGGACGGGGCAGGACCAGUGCCGAUGGAGGCGUCGCCAUAUCGGACGCCGGCUAAGCCACCAGCGGGGCCCAGCGCGCAGCAGAUUGGCCAGGCGACUCCCGAGGGGAUACCCCUGGGCUUUGGGGGGUCCAACCUGCCGCUCAGAUCCCCCGGCAGCUCCAAGGGGCGGGGCAGACGGCCUAGCGCGUCCCCGGCUGCCACCAGCGCAGCAAGGAGGCGGGCCAGUGCGCCAGCCGGCCCCACUGACACUCCAAAUGGGCCGAACGAUGCGAGUGACGGCACGCCCGCACAGCCGCCCCGCCAACAAGGGGACUCCAGCCCGCUCCCAGCCAGCGUGCGUGCGACGCAAACCACAUCAUUUCCCCCUGAGUGUCAGUUUGGCAGCCUGGACGAGCUGCCCGCCGCGGUGAGGGAGCAUGCAGUCUUGAGGCAACGCCGGCUGCAGUACCACACCUGGAAGGUCGAGGACUGGUGCUGCGCGCGCGUGCUCCUGGGUCCCAAGGUGCUGGGGUUUGGCGUACAUAGGGAGCUGCAGCCUGCUAAGGACAGCUGCAUCAAGAAGGCCUGUGACAAAGUGGAGGAAGGCAUGAAGAGGGGGCUGACGUGGCUAGAUGAUGAGCAGCCCGUGGAUGCGCGCUCAGCCAUUAACAGAGCCGAGCACUUGUACCCCGGCAGGCUGCAGUGGGCCAGUGACAACCGGGAUGGGGACAACAAAAAGGCUGUGAGACUGAGCCUGGACAACGGAGCGCUGACGGCGGAGGCAUGGGCGCAGACAGAGGUGCAGGCAAAGCGGAAAGUGGCUCUCUGCGUCCUGCUAGAGCUGGGCUGCCCCUUGGAUGACACUGAGGACAAACCAGACUCCUUCUCGGCGCUCCCAUCUGUGCAUGCCAGAGGCACGCGUGCCCAGUCUGGGACGGAGGCAGAGCAGAGGGCAGAGCAAUGCACAGCAGCCAUGCAGGGCCAGUCCGUGGUCCAGCAGUACAAGGAGCCAUGA